CCGGAAAUAAAUUGUACAGCAGCAGGAUACCGCUUGCUAACUUGACCACUGCUAUGCUGUGGAUAAGGGAGUUUUACUGACGUUUCUAAUUAGAAAUCGACCUUCUCCGACCUUCCCGUGGCAGACUGUAGCUCCCCUUCAUCACAACUAGGGGCAGCAUUGCAGAGACCACACAACAGCUUGACACAUCAGGACUGGGUUCAGAGGAUGUCUUCGCCAGUAUACUACAACCAUGACAGCGCCAUCCGCUUCAAGAAGAGGAAAGCUCGUUUCUCUUUCAGUGAGGUCCACGUGCUGCUUGAUGAAGUCAGGAAGAAUCGUUCGGUUGUCGUGGGCAAAUUCAACCGAGGAGUACCAACGGACACAAAGAAGCGUACAUGGGCAGAGAUAACGGCACGUGUCAACGAGAUCGGGGAGUGCCAACGUGAGGUCAUAGAGGUCAUCAAGAAAUGGUCUGACCUAAAGUGUGACACCAAACGUAAAGUUGUUGCUAUGCGGUCAGGGACUGUACCAAACAGGGGGCUAAAUUCACGCCUCUCCAGAGACCUCAGUCAGACAGAGAAGAUCGUCCUUCAGAUUCUUGAGAUGGAUGAGGACGACCAGAGCACUGGAGAAUGUGGUCUGCUGGGAGAUGAUGAUGAUAAUCCUGAAGAAGAGGAGAUGGAAGAGGAGGAUAUGAUGGGCAUGCAGAGUUCUCCUAACGGCAGGGUGGACUUGGCAUCCAUGCGCCCCCCACCUUCCUACGGCGACUCAUCCCAGCCUGCGUAUGAUUUCCAGUAUGAGGUCCCUCCAGCAGAAGAUACUGAAACCCCAUUUGGAGAUUCAGACGAUGAUCAGCGAGAAGACGUGCUUCCUUCUACUCAGCCAGCGAAAUCCGCUGAAAUGCAUCAAGUUAACAAUGGCAUCCAUAAACCUGUGCAACCCCAGAUGUCUUCCACGUUGCAGGCCUCUGCAGCCUCCCUGCCUAACUCGGGUCAGCAGCCACACAACUCAAGGGACAGCUUGCUGCAGAACGCCUCCUUGAGCCUGCAGGAGCAGCAUGCCACCAAUAUGCUGCUGGAGACUGUGUCACGCUCCCUGGAGCUGCUGGCAGAGUCGGUGCAGCAGCUGGCAGAGACCCAGCAGGAGUUUGUGCGCGAGUCACUGCAGCUGCAAAGGGAGACAGUGCAAGUUCUUAGAGACUUCACAGGUGGAGCAAUCUCCCUAAUGCAUGACAAACUGAAUGGACGGCCAGCUUUAUAACACAUCCAAGAGAUGUAGAGAAGCUGCAUCAGUGACUUUGGACCUGGCUGUCAGAUGCAGGAACAUGAGGUUAUGGCGGUUAUCAUGUCUGCUUACUGUACUCAAUUUGAACACUAUUGGUACAAACAGAUAAAACCGUGACAAGUUCUUUUUUUUUAUUUCCUACUGAGGGCAGUGGUGAAGGAGGGUUCCUCCCACUUCAUUUUUAAAUUAAACAGCACAUUCUAAGUUGGAUUUAUAUUUGUUCAUGGUUAGAAAAAAACAAAGUGACUAUUCUUCAAAGAAAUUUUGAACUGUCAUUUUGGGUGGUUUUGCUGUAGGUUUCCUUUUCCCCCUGUGUCUAGACAUUUCCACAUGUACUGUAAUGGUUGAGUGGAGGUCUGCACCUGACCAUCAUAUGGUCCUAUAUCCUGGAACUAAACAAGCUGUGGCUCCAAGCAUUGAACAAAGCUAUAUGUGAAGAGUUGGUAACUGUCUGAUCUCCGUUUUUAUAAACAAAUGCUUGAAUUGAAGAAUUCAAGUGAAUUCUUUUACUUAUGGAAUAAACCCAGCUGUAGUAAAACUGAACCAUGGCUUGUUUCCUUCCUUGUACUGUGCGCGAAGACUGUAAAAGCGGCUUUAAAUUCAGAUCAAUCCGCUGAUCAUAGAGUAAAGUGACGAAUGGGUCCACUUUCUAUAAGAAUCAAGUAUUAUGCCAAUAAAAAAUAAAAAAAAAAUUUGUUGGGACCGCCGGCUCAGGAUACACAGUUAGAACAAAGAGGAAUAUUUGUAGAAAAACAAUUAGCAUCGUAGAGGACACUCUUAAACAACCUUACAUCAUACACAUUUGUAAAUGUUUGGACCCCUGGCUCCAGCCAUAUGAAACUAUUACACAGUGUGUCUCAGAUAAAGGCAUCCGUCCCCAAUUUCCGACGACAUUCCCCAUUUAGGACCACCUGUCCCCGGCUAAAGCCGUCCCAGUAAAUUUCCCAGAUUUUACGUUUUAUAAAUGAGGGGUUGUGUGUAAACUGCUUUUAUUGUAGAAAAAACACAUGAGCAGAACCAACAGUUAAGAGCUAGCUGGUUUGCAGCUAUUAAAAUAUAGAUGAGGAGAAGAAUGUAAUACUUUUAAUUAAAACAGAGGAGAAAGAACUGGAAGUUUUUUUUGUCACAACUGGUCGCAGCUGUCCUGUGUUAUGGUGAGUGUG